UGAUGAACCCGCGCCUUUUCUCUUUACGCGUCUUCUGCAUCACGCCCCAAUCGACCUCGAGCCGAAACAAAAAAGAAAGCUGCGCUUCUUGCUUGUCUCUUCUCAUCACAUCUCCCACCCAAUUCCACAUCACACAAUGGCUGAUACCACCCCUUCCAAGCAGGCUGCCACUGCCAUCGAGUCCUUCAAGAUGGAGUCGCCGGUCAAGAAGCUUGACUUUGGCGUCGCCAACAAGGAAAACCUCCCUGCUGACGCUGUUGCCAAGCUGGAGGAGUCCAAGGACGUCAAGGCCCCCGUUGAGGAGGUCAAGAAGGAGGAAGAGUCCAAGGCUGUCGUUGCCACCGACGCCAAGGCUGCUGAGCUCGACGAGCCCAUCCUCCAGGAGAACCCCAACCGCUUCGUUCUCUUCCCCAUCAAGUACCACGAGAUCUGGCAGAUGUACAAGAAGGCCGAGGCCUCAUUCUGGACAGCCGAAGAAAUCGAUCUUUCCAAGGAUCUGCACGAUUGGAACAACCGUCUCAACGAUGACGAGAAAUACUUCAUCUCCCACAUUCUUGCCUUCUUUGCCGCCUCUGACGGUAUUGUUAACGAGAACCUUCUCGAGCGCUUCUCCAACGAGGUCCAGAUUCCCGAGGGUCGCUGCUUCUACGGUUUCCAGAUCAUGAUGGAGAACAUCCACUCUGAGACAUACUCCCUGCUUAUUGAUACCUACGUCAAGGAGCCUACCCAGCGCACAUACCUCUUCAACGCCAUUGAGACCAUUCCCUGUAUCCGCAAGAAGGCCGACUGGGCCCUGAAGUGGAUCUCUGACAAGAACUCUACCUUUGCUCAGCGUCUCGUUGCCUUUGCUGCCGUCGAGGGUAUCUUCUUCUCUGGUGCCUUUGCCUCCAUCUUCUGGCUCAAGAAGCGCGGUCUCAUGCCCGGUCUGACCUUCUCCAACGAGCUCAUCUCUCGUGACGAGGGUCUUCACACCGACUUUGCCUGCCUUCUGCACUCCCACCUCAACAACCGUGCCAGCAAGGAGGUCAUUGCCGGCAUCAUCACUGACGCUGUCACCAUUGAGCAGGAGUUCCUUACCGAGGCUCUUCCUUGCGCUCUGCUCGGCAUGAACGCCAACCUCAUGAAGCAGUACAUUGAGUUCGUCGCUGAUCGUCUCCUCGUCGCUCUUGGCAACGAGAAGAUUUACAAGUCCACCAACCCCUUCGACUUCAUGGAGAACAUCUCCCUUGGUGGCAAGACCAACUUCUUCGAGAAGCGUGUUGGCGAGUACCAGAAGGCCGGUGUCAUGGCCUCGGCCAGCAAGAAGGCUGACGACGGCAAGGCUGAUGGCCCUAGCGAUGGCGGUGACUUCAACUUUGACGAGGACUUCUAAAUCACACAGAGGUUCCGCGUUGUUUUUGAGUCUACACGUUUUGUUAUACCCUCUUUACUCCCCAUGUUCCCUUUUCUCAUUUCCUUUGUAUCGCACAUACCUUGUAUAUUGUGGGCUUUGAGCGUCUGCGCUCGGAAAACGGCAGCAUGCCCGGAUAUCUUCUUUUAAAUGGUGUGCCUAUGGCCCGGCCACCCGGCGUUGUUGGUUUAUAUUUCGGGGCAUGAAGCACGAGAUGGAAGGAUGGAUUAUUAUGAUGGUUUUGUUAGUUGUACGCAUAAAAUUCAAUUGCUAUGUUUGGAUAACCUUGCUUUUCACUGUUGCCCAGUAGUCGUAAAUUGUGUCAUGUCUCUCCUGUCCCCCUCUGUGUCUAUAUAAUUUGCCUUCCCAAGGACCUCUUUUAUAUUUUAAUCUCCCCGCCUCAUUCUCCACGUGUAGUUUAUUUCUUGCCCUUCUUCUUCUUCUUGCCGCCUACAGGAGCUGCUGGUGCUGCUCCGUCCUUUGCGUCGCCCACGGGUGUCGCUGUGCCCGUGGCCUCUGGUGCUGUCUCAGCCGGCAGCGCAGGCAGACCGGCCAUUCCUCUACCCAGCGUGCCUAGUGAUGUCUGCAUCAGGCGUGUUACUUCCUGUGCCUUGGUGGUUCUGUACUUUAGCGUGACGCCGGAGACGGGAUCGAAGGUCUUGAGGACGAGUUCUGCGCGGGCGGCGGCUUUCUGGGUGUCGGCAGGGGCGUCGCCUGAUGAUUUAGGCGUGGGAGCAGGAGCGAGGGAGUAUCUUGUUGUUAUGCGGGUCUAGUUUGCGCAUGUUAGCAUAUCGUAAGGCAGAUUGAAGGUGGCACGUUGG